GUAGGUAUCAUUUUCAACUGGAAAAUGAGAGUCUAUACAUUUCUCGCUGUCUUGGCAGCUAUCUUCAUCAGCCACGCUGAGGCAAAGCUGGCUGAGGAGCUUGUCAACAGAGGGCAAAAUUUUCUCGGAGACUUCCAAGUUCAGCUUGUAAAUAGUCAGGGCACUCUCAUAGAAGAUCACACGAACAGAAGAAAAACCGCAGUGAACUAUGCCAACACGAGACUUCAAAACCUUGCACCGAUUGUUGCAACUGUUCGAAGCCAAGGGAAAAACGUAGACAAAUGCGUGAGAACAUUGAACUCCAUAGCCACGGGCGUUUUGAAAAGAAACAAUCAUCGAAUGAAUUUGUGCUUGAAGCAACAUCUGCCCAAUUAUCCAGAACUAAAGACUGAACUUGAUGAACUAAUCACGGAAGGAAAAGAAUAUCGCGCAAAACUUGGUGACAUCCAAGAAGAAUGCAAAUCCAAGAAAGUACCAAUGUUGUGUGUCAAACCGCGAGAGGAUUCACUAAAAAUUAGCGUUAAGUCGUGGAUGUCCCAUGCAGAAAGACUGAGAAGAAAGGAGGAGAAGGAAACUUCUGCGGCCAUUAAGAAAAUGGGGCGCUGCAACAGCGCAUCAUUUCAAGAACUCGAGAAACAAUUGAGUUCACUCCCUCGCAUUGCUCGAAGCUGUAUGUCCACGCUACCUGUUGAAGCUCCCGUCACGAAGUCUCCUACGAUCCCUACAACUUUUACGAUUAACGGUGUUCAUAACACUACCAAUACAAGUGGUUCUACAUCCAACAAAGUUCCUACAACGGCUGCUACGACUACCACCACUAAAUCUCCUACAUCCACUGUAGUUUCUACUGCAGUUCCUACAACCACUGCUGAGACUGCCAGCACCAGUGCUUCUCCAUACACAAUAGUUCAUACUGAAGUUCCUACAACGGUUGCUCCGAUUACCAGCACUAGUGCUUCUACAUCCCCGGCAGUUCCUACUGUAGUUCCUACAACGGCUGCUACGAUAACCUCCACUAGUAAUUCACCAUCCACCGUAAUUCCUACUGCAGUUCCAACAAUGAUUGCAGCGAUAACAACAAGUAGUGUUUCUCCAUCCACCGUGGUUCCCGCUAUAGCUUCUGCACUAGCUUCAUCCCCCGUAGCUUUUACUAAUGUUUCUACAACGGAUGCUCCGACUACCAACACUGGCAUUUCUACAUCCUCCGUAGUUCCCACUGCAGUUUCUACAACGUCUGUUGAGACUGGCACUACUAGUGCUUCUAUAUCAACCGUAGUUCCCACAACGGCUGCUGUGACUACCACUUCUAGGGCUUCUCCAUCUACCGGAGUUCCUACAACGGCUGCUCCAACUACCACUGCUAGUGUGGUUUCUACAUCCACCAUAGUAUCCAUUGAAGUUCCUACAACAGCCGCUUUGACUACAACCAUUACUGAUUCCACAUCCACUGUAGUUUCUAAUGAAGUCGCCACAACGGGUGCUGUGACCACCACCGCUAGCACUUCUCCAUCCACCGAAGUUCCUACCGCAGUUCCUGUAACGGCGGCUGAGAUUAGCACCACUAGUGCUUCUACAUCCACCGUAGUUCCUAAUGAAAUUCCCACAACAGGUGCUGUGACCACCGCCCCUAGCGUUUCUCCAUCCACCGAAGUUCCUCCUGAAGUUCCUACAACGGCUAUAUCCACCGUCAUUCCAACCGGAGUUUCUGUAACGGGUGCUGAGAUUGACACCGCUAGUUAUUCUGCAUCCAUCGGAGUUCCACCUGAAGUUUCUGUAACGGGUGCUGUGACCGCCACCCCUAGCGCUUCUCCAUCCACCGAAGUUCCUACUGAAGUUUCUGUAACGGCGGCUGGGAUUAACACCACUAGUGCUUCUACGUCCACCGUAGUUCCUGCUGAAAUUCUCACAACGGGUGCUGUGAUCACCACCCCUAGCAUUUCUCCAUCCACCGAAGGUCUUACUGAAGUUCCUACAGCGGCUGCCGCCAAUACCACCACUAGUGCGUCUACAUCCACCGUAGUCUCUACUGAAGUUCUUACAACGGUUGCUGCGAUCAACACCACUAGUUCUUCACCAUCUACCGUAGUUCCAACUGAAGUUUCUGUAACGGGUGCUGGGAUUAACACUCCUAGUACUUCUCCAUCCACCGAACUUCCUACUGAAGUUCCUGCAACGGUUGCUCCAACUGCCACCACUAGCGCUUCUCCAUCCACCGAAGUUCCUACUGAAGUUCCCACACUGGGUGCUCCGGCUGCCACCACUAAUGCUUCUACAUCCACCGUAGUUCCUAGUGAAGUUCCCACAACGGGUGCCGUCGUCACCUCCACUAGCGCUUCUCCAUCUACCGUAGUUUCAACUGAAGUUGUUAUAACGGGUGCUGGGAUUGACAUAGCUAAUGCUUCUACAUCCAACGUAGUUCCUACUUUAGAUCUCACAAAGGGUGCUGUGACCACCUCUACUAGCGCUUCUCCACCCACCGUAGUGCCUACUGAAGUUCCUACAACGACUGCUGCGACAAACUCCACCAGUGCUUCUACAUCUACCGUAGUUCCAACUGAAGUUUCUGUAACGAGUGCUGGGAAUAACACUCCUAGUGCUUCUCCAUCCACUGAAGUUCUUACAGUGACUGCUGAGACUACUACCCCCAGUGCUACCAUAUCCACCGUAGUCCCCACAACGGCUGCUCCGACUACCACAACUACAUCCACUACAUCUACUUCUACAUCCACUGAAGUUCCUACAGCGACUGGUGAGACUACCACCCCCAGUGCUACCAUAUCCACUGUAGUCCCCACAACGGCUGCUCCGACUACCACAAUUAGUGCUUCUACAUCCACUGAAGUUCCUACAGCGACUGCUGAGACUACCACCACUAGUACUUCUACAUCCACUGAAGUUCCUACAGUGACUGCUGAGACUACCACCCCCAGAGCUGCCAUAUCCACCCUAGUCCCUGCAACGGCUGCUCCGACUACCACCACUAGUACUUCUACAUCCUCUGAAAUUCCUACAACGACUACUGAGACCACCACCGCGAGUGCUUCUACACGCAUUGCAACUUCAACAACACCUGAAUCUCUUGUGAUCUCUUCAUCUCCCAUCACUAUUGCUGCUUAUAUAACUAAUGCUACGCCCUGUAAUUGCGAACGUAUCACUCCUGCUCCUACAAUUACUCCUGCGCCCACCACAACUACAGUUCCUCCUCUCCCCAUCUUCUGCAAAUGUCGUAAAGCACACCGUAAAAAGGUAUAACUGAUGUAGAUCUCAAUUAUAUCUAUGCAUUUGAUGUAUAAACUACCUAUAUUUGGCACUUCCUAUGAUGAUGGCAAAAGAAGUGAUGACACGAUGUAGUAAAAAAUCGACAUUUUACCUUCAUAGAAUUUCCUACUUUCCGUGGAAAAUUCACGAAUUUCCAUGAUACUAAUCUUAGCUAGCAAAUUAUAAUUGUUAAUUUUUCAUUAUUAUUAAUUAUUUUUUAGGUGGAUCAAACUUAUUGACUCUUGUCACGCAAUAUUCUCUAUUGUACAUUUUCGU